AUGUCUGAUGAGUCAACAACUAAUGCUAAAAAAAGUCGCUCUUUGAGUGAUGCAGAACGUCGCCUUUUACGAAGGCAAAAAAGAAUUUUAAAUAAUGCGAAUGGCAGACUAGACCGAAUCACAGCUACUCACUCGAGUACAACCUCUCUUAACGCAGAUUCGACUUCAGCUUUAACUAGUAGGAAUGUAUCUCCUCAACUUAGUCAAAGGUCUUCACCUAUAACUUCAGAACCUCCAGAUAAACCUUUACCGCCACCUUUAUAUUCCGAUUCGACAAUACAACCAUCACCAGACGGACCAUCAUUUACUCCUCUUAUCAGGAUUAAUAACGAUUCAGAUUCACAAAAAUUGUUUCAUCAACAAGAUCGAGAACAUCCUUCUGCUUCUACUCCAACUUUAGUAAUCCCAAAUACAUCAUCCUUAACUGGUGAUGAUGAUAAUAAUGGAUAUUUUGAAAAUGAUGAACAUUUUAGGAGAGAGUUAGCAAACUUUCGUGCAGGAAAUAGUAGUACAACUUCGUUAGCAUCAACUAUUGGUACUACUAGUGACUAUCCUCCUGGUAGUUAUCCACCUUCGAUUUCGCAUGAGGAUUUGGCGAUAUACGAUGAGAUAAAUGCUUAUUGCCAACAACAUCAGCAACAAUCUAUGCCACCUUUACCAUUUCUGUCAUUUAUGAGUCCUGACCUAGUUCCACCUGGUCAACAACAAUUAGAUGUUCAAUCUAAAUUAUGGCAACUAAUCCAUUUUUUCGCAAUGAUUAUGUUGGGUUUGCUUGUUAUUGGAUCUGAAGUGUUUCGACGUGAUGGUACUUGGAGUCGAUUAGCUAUACUUAAUUCUAAAAAACCAGAUGAAAUUGUUGAUUCAGAUCGUGUAUCAAAUUUGGAUCGAACAUUUGGAGGUUCAGCACUAGGUACAAUAGCCGCGAAUUUACCACCACCACUUUCUGAUGUGCUUACGGUGUUAUUGAGAUAUAACUUGAUUUGGAAUAGUCUUUGGGAAGAUGUUUGUGUGUUAGUAUUUGUAGUUGGUUUCUAUGUGAUGAUUUCUCCGUUCAAUGUUGAUGCCUAG